AUGGAAGCAACUCUUAUACCAAACCCAAGAGAUACAAAUGCCACUAUCUUAUUGAUGGGAUUACGAAGAAGUGGUAAGUCUUCCAUUUGUAAAGUUGUUUUCCACAAUAUGCAACCAUACGAUACAUUAUAUUUAGAAAGUACAUCCAAACCUACGACAGAACAAUUUUCAUCAUUAAUUGAUUUAUCAGUUAUGGAAUUACCAGGGCAAUUAAACUAUUUCGAACCGAAUUAUGAUUCUGAACGAUUAUUUUCAUCAGUUGGUGCUUUAGUUUAUGUUAUUGAUUCUCAAGAUGAAUAUUUGAAUGCGAUUACUAAUUUACUGAUGAUUAUUGAUUAUGCAUACAAGGUGAAUCCAAAUAUAAACAUCGAAGUGUUGAUUCAUAAAAUUGAUGGAUUGAGUGAAGAUUAUCGUAUUGAUGCUCAAAGAGAUAUAAUGCAAAGAACAGGGGAUGAGUUGUUGGACUUGGGAGUUGAAGGUGUUGAAUUGAGUUUCUAUUUGACUUCUAUUUUUAAUCAUUCCAUUUAUGAAGCAUUCUCUAGAAUUGUUCAGAAAUUAAUUCCAGAAUUGCCAUCAUUAGAGAACAUGCUUGAUAAUUUGGUGGAACAUUCUUCUAUUGAUAAAGUGUUUUUAUUUGAUGUUAAUUCAAAGAUAUACGUUGCCACGGAUUCAUCUCCAGUUGAUAUACAAACAUAUGAAGUUUGUGCUGAGUUUAUUGAUAUAACUAUUGAUUUGGACGAUUUGUAUGUCGAAAAUGACAAAAAUAAGAAUGAAAGUAAUGGAAAUAAUAAUAGUACCAAUCAUAAGCAUGUUAGAAAUGCUCCGACUGAAUUGAAAUCCAUAAGUCAUUUAUCUAAUGGAUCAGUACUAUAUUUGAAAGAAAUGAUUCGUGGUUUGGCCUUAGUCGCAUUAAUACGGAGUGAUGAAAGAAAAGGAAUGAAUGGUGUUGAAGAAGAGGCUCAUGGUAUGGUUGAAACCAUUGAAGAGAUUGAUCAAGAUCAGGAAUCCAAUCAAGAGAAAUCAUUGACCAUUAUUGAUUAUAAUGUCAGUUUAUUCAAAGAGUCUUUAAUGAAGAUAUGGAAGCACUCGAAAUUGGUUCAAGCCGACCAAGACGUUCCACACCAUCAACAAGACAACCCACAUUCAUUUCACGAGUAA